AUGAGUUAUCCAUUAUUGCGACGUUUGCCCCUAGGAUCACUCGACGAUCAAGUAGCACGUGCUAGUAUGCAACUUUGUCAUAAGAUUGUCAUGCAACAGCUCUAUAUUUCACGAAUCAAUACAUUAAAACAAUGGGUUGUGGUAUCAAAUCCAUCCAACAAGAGUGUAGACAUGACAGACUUUAGUCUGACCUGUGAUGCCUGUUGUGACGUAUUUUACUUUCCAAACAGAUAUACACUGUUACCAGGUGAUGAAGUGACAAUCUGGUGCUCACCUCGAGAUCUUCAUCUGGAUCACGAUAAUCUGUUGCUGCCGUAUCUUUUUUGGACUAAUGAUGAUGGAUCAUUGCGUCAUGAGCCAUUCUUCAAAUUGCAAACUCAUGCCAAUGAAGUAUUGUUGCGCGACCCGCUACUGAUUGAAGUAGCAUCAAUCAGAGUAGAUAGAGAUGAGAAGAAAGAGUUUCGAGUGCUGCAUUGCAAGUCAGUACACCAUAGGAUGCUUCGAAGCGAGAUUGAUACAAGGUUCUGUGUCGGGUGUCUGGCACCACCAGAGUUUGAGAAAAGAGCGUCAAGGUCUUGUCCUGAGAGUGGAAAAGUCAUGUUAUUGCCACCAGAUCAUGGAGAAAUCUACAUCUUUUCAAGAUAUUGGGGCGUUGUCUCGAACAAGUCGCUAGUGAAACAUUUCUUGGCGGUAGUUUUCGUACCUCUGGUGGAAUCAUUUCGUGCCGUGCUGAUCUACAUCAUGUUCUGCAUGUUCAAGUCAAGAAAUGAUCUUGGACCACAAUUGCGGUCCAAAGUACUGACACUUUUGCUCAUGAUGCUGGCGUGCGACGUAAUUGCGCGAAGACUUAUGCUGUUCAUCAAAAGCGGAUUGCUUGUUACCAUUGCAAGCUUCACGGCUGUCGUGCUGGACCGACUAGCUGUUUUCGUGCUAUACUUAUCGCUACAGAGGCUGUACCCGGCGUUAGCUGUAUCCCUGCAGUACAUGCUUACGUUCGACCUAGGUAUUUGUUGUGUGAAUGCUGCUGCAGUACACGUACGUUUCCUUGAAGCUCGUCAUAAUUGGCAUCCGGUGUUUAAGCAAUUCACACGGUGGGACCACAAAUUCCGAAGGUUUCUGUGCCUCUGUGGUAUCGGUCGCGAGCUGUUGCUGCAUUGGUUGCUUUUGCUUCCGUUCAGCAAUCAUCCCUCAUCAAUGUGGAAGAUUGUAGGGUAUCUGCUUGUACCGCUUUUUACGGUGGCCUCUGGUGCCGACUUGUUACGUGCUGUAGCCACUCUACUGCACGUAGUGGAGUAUCCGAUUGUACUAGUAAAAACUAAACCGCGAUGCUUACAGCCGCGUCGCGAAGGAAAGAAAAACGAAGUGUAUGAGUGUCAAGAGGAAGACGAUUUCUCCGAAGAGGAGCCUCAGAAAGAGGACCCACCCAUAGCUUUCUCGACACCUAAGACUCUUCGCUUCCGCUCCAUUCACCCGUUUAGUUAG